AUGACGACGCCCAGCACAUCAGCGUCGUCGCCUACGCCGGCGGCGGGUGCCUCGAGCAGCCAGUCGGACUCCCCGUCAGAAAAACCGGCCUCUUCAUCCCCAAAUUCCGCCAACACGCCAUCCACUUCUUCUUCCUCCACUUCAAGCGUGACUCCGGCUCCGAGUCUUUCGGCGACAUCGACGAUCGCGAGGAAGCGCCUGGCUCAAGAACGCGCAGCCUGGCGACGGGACCAUCCGCCCGGGUUCUCAGCAAAAUACGCGCCGAUGGCAGAUGGACAAGGCGGCCAAGAUAUCAUGAAAUGGCAGUGCAAAAUCCCAGGAAAGAAGGGGAGCAUCUGGGAAGGGGGAGAGUACCGACUGACCAUGGACUUCAGCGAGGAGUAUCCGAGCAAACCGCCAAAGUGCAAGUUCAGUCCCGUGCUCUUCCACCCGAACGUGUAUCCAUCGGGCACUGUUUGUCUUUCUAUUCUAAGUGAAGAUGAAGACUGGAAGCCGUCCAUCACAAUCAAGCAAAUUUUGCUUGGAAUUCAGGAUCUCCUGGACAACCCAAAUCCGAAUUCCCCCGCGCAGGCAGAGCCGUACAUGCUUUUCUGCCAGAAUCGAGAGGAAUACAUCCGGCGUGUCAAGCAGCAGGCCCUCAGCAUGCGUCCCAGAGACUAA